UGCUUCUUCUCGGUUUGGGUCUGAGGCGAGGCGAGAUGCUGACUUCGCGCACGUUCCUCAAGCGCACGCGGGGCGGCGCCGUGAUGAAGGUGGUGCGGGAGCACUACCUGCGCGACGACAUCUCGUGCGGGGUGGCCGCCUGCGAGCUCUGCGGCGGAGGGAGAGAGGAGGAGGAGGAGGGCGGCGGCGGCGGCGGCGGCCCAGGCCGGUCGGGCCUGGAAGCCCAGCCUAGCGGAGCCGUCAGCAGCCUCUGCCCCGGCCCUCACUACCUGCUCCUGGACACCAAUCUGUUGCUGCACCAGAUUGAUAUACUUGAAGACCCAGUUAUUAGAAAUGUGAUCAUUCUUCAGACAGUUUUGCAGGAAGUAAGGAAGAGGAGUGCACCAGUAUACAAGCGAAUAAGAGAUGUGAUAGCUAAUCCUGAAAAGCAUUUCUAUUCUUUCACUAAUGAGCACCAUAAGGAAACAUAUAUUGAACAAGAACAAGGGGAGAAUUCUAAUGAUCGCAAUGACAGAGCUAUCAGAAUAGCAGUGAAAUGGUACAGUGAGCACCUGUUGAAGCUACAAAGUGAAGAGAAGAUUCAAGUGAUCUUGCUCACGAAUGACAGAAAAAAUAAAGAGAAAGCUGAGGAAGAGGGAAUAAUUGCUUAUACUUGUGAAGAAUACAUAAAGAGCUUGAUAGCCAAUCCUGAACUUGUAGAUCGACUUGCUUGCUUAAAUGAUGAUGGGAAAGAGAUUGAAAGUGGGAGGAUCAUUUUCUCAGAGCAUCUUCCCCUCAGCAAACUGCAGCAGGGCAUUAAGUCUGGCCUUUACCUUCAAGGAACCUUCAGAGCCAGCAGAGAUAAUUACCUCGAAGCUACAGUGUGGGUUCAUGGAGAUGGGGACGAGAGAGAGGUAAUAAUACAAGGACUAAGAAACCUAAACCGUGCAGUGCAUGAAGAUGUCGUAGCAGUGGAACUUCUGUCGAAAGAUGCCUGGGCUGCACCAUCCUCCGUGGUCCUGCUUGAUGAUGAGGGUCAGAAUGAAGAUGACGAUGUGGAAAAAGAAGAGGAGAGAGAAAACAGUCUGAAAACCUCUGUGAGCAAGAGUAUGCUGCGACCAACUGGCAGAGUCGUGGGCAUUAUAAAAAGAAAUUGGAGACCUUUUUGUGGCAUGCUUUCUAAAUCACAAAUAAAAGAGGCGAGGCGGCAUUUGUUUACACCAGCUGACCGCAGAAUCCCUCGAAUUCGAAUAGAAACAAGACAGGCUUCAACACUUGAAGGACAAAGAAUUAUUGUUGCUAUUGAUGGUUGGCCUAGAACUUCAAGAUAUCCUAAUGGCCAUUUUGUAAAGAAUUUAGGAGCAGCUGGAGAUAAGGAGACUGAAACUGAAGUCCUGUUGCUUGAACAUGAUGUCCCUCACCAGCCUUUCUCCCAGGCUGUUCUUAGCUUCCUGCCACAGAUGCCCUGGAGCAUUUCUGAUCAGGAUAUGAAAUUUAGAGAGGACUUGAGACAUUUGUGUGUAUGCAGCGUGGAUCCUCCUGGCUGUACCGAUAUCGAUGAUGCAUUGCACUGUAGAGACCUAGAAAAUGGAAAUUUGGAGGUUGGUGUACAUAUUGCAGAUGUCAGCCAUUUCAUUCGACCAGGAAAUGCUCUGGACCAAGAGUCUGCAAAAAGGGGCACAACUGUGUAUCUUUGUGAAAAAAGGAUCGAUAUGGUUCCAGAGCUGCUUAGUUCCAACUUAUGUUCAUUGAGAUCCAACGUUGACAGGCUUGCAUUCUCAUGUAUAUGGGAAAUGAAUCACAAUGCUGAAAUCUUGAGAACUAGGUUUACGAAAAGUGUCAUUAAUUCCAAGGCUUCUCUUACAUAUGCUGAGGCACAGAUGAAAAUAGAUUCUGCCAGCAUGCACGAUGACAUUACUGCUAGUCUACGUGGAUUAAACAAAUUAGCAAAAAUUCUUAAGAAGCAUCGGAUAGAUAAUGGGGCUUUAACGCUUUCUUCACCUGAAGUUCGUUUCCACAUGGAUAGCGAAACCCAUGAUCCUAUUGAUUUACAGACAAAGGAACUCAAGGAAACCAACUCCAUGGUUGAAGAGUUCAUGUUACUGGCUAAUAUCUCUGUGGCACAAAAGAUCUACGAUGAAUUCUCGGAACAUGCCUUGCUGAGAAAGCAUCCUGCUCCACCGCCAUCCAAUUAUGACAUCCUUGUGAAGGCAGCCACGUCUAAGGGUUUGGAAAUCAAAACUGAUUCAGCGAAAGCUCUGGCUGAUUCCCUAGAUAGUGCAGAAUCUCCUUCUUUUCCAUAUCUGAAUACUCUGUUACGCAUCUUGGCUACUCGCUGCAUGAUGCAAGCUGUUUACUUCUGCUCUGGAAUGGACACUGAUUUUCAUCACUACGGUUUAGCGUCACCUAUUUAUACACAUUUUACUUCACCAAUCAGGAGGUAUGCGGAUAUUAUAGUACAUCGACUGCUUGCUGUGGCUAUAGGAGCAGACAGUACUUACCCUGACCUUACAGAUAAACAUAAAUUGGCUGAUUUGUGUAAGAAUCUCAAUUAUAGGCAUAAAAUGGCCCAAUACGCACAGAGAGCUUCUGUUGCCUUCCACACUCAGUUAUUUUUCAAAAACAAGGGCGUCGUGAACGAAGAUGCAUAUAUUCUGUUUGUAAGGAAGAAUGCAAUUGUGGUUCUGAUUCCCAAAUAUGGCUUAGAGGGCACUGUCUUCUUUGAAGAGAAGAAUAAACCGAAACCAGCACUUCUGUUCAAUGAUGAGAUUCCCUCUCUUACUGUGGAAGGCACAACGUUUUAUACAUUUGACAAGGUUAAAGUGAACAUCAUGUUAGAUGCUUCCAACGUCCAACACCAGAAAAUCCGUAUGGCCCUGGUAGAGCCCAAGCUGCUAGGUGGUGGUGAGCCAAGUCAGGAUGUGAAACUGAGCAGGAACAAUGAGCCAGAGAAAAAGAAGAUGAAACUGGGAAAAUAGCUUCAUUUUAGCAAUGAAUAAAUUGUUCAAAUAUAAAAUGUUUUAUAGUUUUGGAGAGAACUUUUAAAGAAAUUGUUAUGUGAUUUGUACCUGUUUAAGCAUUCUCUCCUGAUAUAAUGUAAUUUUAAAAUACUGUUCAUGUAUUGUAUUAAAAGCACCACUUACAACAUGAAGCUUCUGCCACUCUGUGUGUCCACUGAAGCAAUAAACAGAUUUUUUUUUU